CCGGAGGCCAAACAGGGGCGUACCAGAGUGCAGCUGUGUCGCAGUCAAACCAGUCCGGGUGAAUAAGUGGGUGAAAGGUCCAGCAGUCAGAAGUGACAGCAGCUCACAAACACACCUCAGAGAGACACAUAUGCACAGUAAAAAUGUCCAAACAGCAGCCGAUCAGUCCCAUGAAGAACUUCUUCGCAGGAGGUUUUGGAGGCAUUUGCCUCGUCGCCACCGGACAUCCACUCGACACCAUUAAGGUGCGUUUACAGACUCAGCCCAAAGCCAAACCUGGAGAGCGCCUCGUGUAUGCUGGAACCAUUGAUUGUUUCAAAAAGACCUUAGCCAAAGAGGGUGUGAAAGGACUCUAUAAAGGCAUGGCGGCCCCGAUCAUUGGAGUCACACCCAUGUUUGCUGUCUGUUUCUUUGGAUUUGGAAUGGGCAAGAAACUACAACAGAAAACCCCUGAUGAUAUCCUCACGUAUCCACAGCUGUUCGCUGCAGGGAUGUUGUCUGGUGUGUUCACCACGGCCAUCAUGGCUCCUGGAGAGCGCAUCAAAUGCCUCCUACAGAUCCAGGCAGCAUCAGGAGGAGAGGUGAAGUAUGCGGGACCCAUGGACUGUGUCAAACAGCUUUACAGACAGUCCGGGAUCAGAGGAAUCUACAAAGGCACCGCUCUGACCCUCAUGAGAGAUGUUCCAGCGAGUGGGAUGUACUUCACGUCCUACGAGUGGUUGAAGAACGUCCUGACACCAGCAGGGAAAAACCACAAUGAGCUCAGCGUUCCCAGUGUGCUGUUUGCUGGGGGGAUGGCGGGGAUCUUUAACUGGGCGGUCGCAAUUCCAGCUGACGUACUCAAGUCUCGCUUCCAGACAGCUCCUGAUGGAAAAUAUCCAAAUGGUUUUCGGGACGUUCUGCGGGAGCUGAUCAGAGAGGAGGGCGUGGGCUCUCUGUAUAAAGGCUUCAAUGCUGUCAUGCUUAGAGCUUUCCCUGCAAACGCAGCUUGUUUCUUAGGAUUUGAGUUCGCAAUGAAGUUCCUGAACUGGUUAUCACCAGAUCUGUGAUGAAGACCCGGCAUCGCCUUCGUAUGUGAAUCCCAGGAACAGAACUGUUAACACAACGCAGUUAUUGGCAGUACACACACACACACACACACACACACACACACACACACACACACACACACACACACACACGUUGAAUCACAAAGAGAUUUUAACAGUUUUCCAAUAAUGUGUUUAUUAAUUAUCUUUGAGACCUUGUGGUACUGUAGAGCCUGUGGAUCAUUCAGACCUGCACAGGGUUCAGAACAGAGAUGUUGUGAUGACUCGGUACACACACACACACACACACACGCACACAGUCUCACUCCUUUCUGUUUUACUUGUUUACUUUAAAUUGUGUAGUUUUUUAUAUAAGAAAAGGAGUGAAGAGAACAUGUCGUGCCUUACCUUUCUGUUAUCUGCGAGCAGGUGUACAUAUCAGGGAAAAGGUGCUUUAUGUUGUUCUGUGUGUGUUCAGUCUCUCAGCAAUACACGACUUUCAAACUGCUUCCUGUGAGGUCACCCUCCACUCAGUGACCACCGAUGCUAGCUACACUUUCUGUUUGUGUUAAUGUGAAAUGAUGGGAGUAGUCAUAAUGAGAUUGAUUCAACAGUUUAUGAAUGUCAACAUGUAAAGAAUUAAAAACUGAAUCCAUAUUUAGAAAA